GCUUUUGUUAUUUCCGUACACGUUCAUAUUAGUUUCUUACGAAUCUUGUGCCUUUUGUUUCACUCCAGGUCAAAAAAUGCAUCAUAAAUCGUCUUCCUCUGUACAGCAGAAAGGUGAUUUUCUAUCUGUUAGCAUUGGUGAUGCUGUAACUUUAGAAUGUCCUCAAAAAGGUCAGACGUUAAAACGAAUCUUCUGGUCCAAGAAAAGUUUUGGACGAAAACCUGAACUUAUAUGCAGUUUCUAUGUGCACAGCACAGAAGUGGAAUUUUUUGGUGAAUUCAAGAACAAUCAACGCUUCAUACUGGACACAGAAAACAAAAAUCAUCAUUUGAAGAUUUUUGAUAUUCAAUUUUCAGAUUCGGCUACUUAUAACUGCAUCCAUUCGGAUAGUUACAUACUUACAUUUUUGGAGAGCUAUAGUGUCCUUGUAAAGAACUCUUCUUCUUACAUCCAGACUUCAGUGGAUCAGUCGUCCUCUGAGAACAUCCAUGCAGGAGACUCUGUGACUCUGAACUGUACAGUACACACUGGGAGCUGUGAUGGAGAACACAGAGUUUACUGGUUCAAAGACUCUGAAGACUCUCAUCCAGGACUCAUUUACACUCAUGGAGGCAGGAAUGACCAGUGUGAGCAUAAGAAAACACAGCCUCACAGUUGUGUCUAUGAGCUGCUCCUGAAGAACCUGACUCGGUCUCAUGCUGGGAUCUACUACUGUGCUGUUGCCUCAUGUGGACACAUUCUGUUUGGAAAAGGGACCAAACUGGACCUCAGAGGUGAGUUUAACCUUGAAGACUCAAGUAACUGGAUGAAGCAAUUUUCGGAUUAAUUUAAAAACAAAUAAAUGUGCUUUUUUUCUUUCUUCCUAGUUUCUGAAACAGACAUUCUUCUGAACUCUGUGAUUCUUCAGACUUUGGUUGGAUUAUUGACCUUCCUGAGCGUUCUUGUUGUUUUUCUGCUUUUUCUUCUGUGGAAGAUCAACAAGAGAAACAACUGCAUCUCCACAGGUAAACAAACUUAUUUCACUAGUAAACAAAUACAUUCUUUGAGUAAAACUUUUCUAUAUUUCAUAACCAGAAGAAAGAUCAUCUGCUGACCCCUUAAGAAGCUCAGAGGUGAGACUCAACUCUCUUCAGUUAUCAAGUUCAUCUUGGAUUCACACUAAGUUCACAACUGUGAUCCUUUUCUGUGAAUUUGGUUUCAGGCUGAGAACAAAGACACAGAAAACCUCCAUUAUGCUGCUAUAAAUGUGAAGAGGUCCAGCAGAUCAAGACAGAAGAACGGCUCCAACGCAGACUGUGUUUAUUCCAGUGUGAUACAACAGAACUGAACCUUUAAGUCAAGGAGGGAGUUUUUUUUUUUUACCAUUAAAACACUGUAUUUUGUAGAUAGUUUUGUUUUAUUGUAAAUGUAAUUCAUUUUUAACCUAUUUUUUUUUAUGUUUUUGUUUUAUCUGAGAUUUAAAAAUCUAGUCUUUGACUAAAUGUGACUGAAGUCUAUCUGAUAGAAUGAUAUAAAGGCAAAAUUUAUAAAAUUUGAAUUUUUAGACAUUGCACUGUGGGGUAAUAGUUAGCAGUCUCGCUUCACAGUGAGAUUUGAUGAUUUGAUUUGAAUCCCAGCUGGGUCUUUCUGUGUUGAGUUUGUAUUUUCUCCUCCUACUACAUCUGUUGAUUUUCUCAUUCCAGGACAGAUUCCUUUCAAUUAAGUAUUUUAAACUCUCCCUCUUCGUGAACAUGAGUGUGUGUGUGGUCUUCUGACAGACUGGCAAGCGGCCCAGGGUGUACCCUGACUUCACCCAACAGUAGCUGGGAUAGGCUCAAGCAGCCCCAUGAUCCAUUGUAAUAAAGUACAUCAUGUUAAAUGUUAUUUCAAUGAGCCCAUAAUCAUAAGAGCAAAUUUCAGUGAGUCACUUUGUCACAAUGUUUCUUUACAUUUGUCUGCGGCUCAUUGGUUGCAACGUUUCUAGUCUGUUUGCAUCAUGUAAUGCCUGACUGUGGUGGGUGUUUUGGGUCAGGUGUUCUGCUCCGAACAUGGAGCCUAUUCAGAAUAAGGGCACUCAGAGUGAACUGGAUCUCAGUCCUAUUGGAAAAGGACCAAGACUACCUCAAAAGAUUGGUCAGGGAGCGGUUCCUGAUCUUA